AUGGCAGAACCAAACGAGGGUGACUGCCUCGCUGGAUUAGAUCAGACACUGAGUUCAUUGGUAACCGAACAAUGUAUAGACGAUGAUGCAGACACAACCUCUGAUACAGACUGGCGUUCCGCUAGGUUGUCAUCAAGCGAUGAUAAUUGCUCGAGCUUCAAUGACGCUCUUCGUGUCCAGCAAUUGGAAGAAGAACAAGAACGGCUGAACAACUCCUUGUUUUCUUUGAGCUCCCACUUCGCUCAAGUCCAGUUUCGGCUCAAACAGAUUGCAGAAGCUCAAGGGGAAGACAGAGAGGAGCUGCUGAAAAACCUCCAAGAUUUUGCAUUCAAAGGAUGUGCGGAUAUGAAUGAAUUGAAGAAGCUGCGAAGCCAAAAUGAUGAUGGAGAAGUACUGGAAAUACAAAAGCAAAGACAAAAUGAGUUACUGAAGCAAUUACGCGAGCAGAUCGAAGAUCUAGAGCGGAUAGCGUAUGAGAAUGGCGAGGGUGAUAUGCCAAGUACCUUGAUUUUACAGAAGCAGAAAGCUGCGCUGGACGAAUUACACGCCAAAAUGUCCUUAAACCUGGAGUUGGACAAGAUGUCGCUUUCUGAUAUUCAGAAGCACGUGGAUGACGCUCUUAAACAGCUCGUGAAUCCUUUCAAAGAGAAACAGCAACUCGUUGAGCAACUACAAACACAAAUUAUUGAUCUCGAACGAUUUGUUAGUUACUUGCAGAAGGAGAACAGCUCCGUUGAUGGAUCACCCGCUAAAGCAAUUGCGUCCUCGCAGUUCACUGCAAGUAGACCAAAAUCAGGUUAUUUCUUUGGACUGAUUGGCGGCUCUGCGCAGCAUUUCCAGAAGAAUCAACUGAAGAAUACGCUGCGAGGGAACCACUAUGGCGACGAAAGAGCACGGUUGCAGUUGGCGGUGGAUGCAACACUGCAGGUUAUGGAAAAGUAUACAUUGUUAAGUAUCGAGAGCUCAUCAGCCGAAAAGGAACCACAAGAAAUGGAUCUCAUCAAUGAUGAAAUUUUCGAGCGGUCGGAAGAGGAAGUUGUUACGGUUGUGAGAAGACAGCUCUGCCCAUCACUGAAAGCACUUUUGGAACACGGUAUGCUGAGCGAAACGGUCACCCACCGAUCUCUGCCUUCAUCUCUUGGUUUGGGUUGUUUCGUGGCGAAGAAUGGUGCUAGUUAUGCUAAACCCACUCCACUGCAGCAUGUAUGGGAUGUCAUACUAUAUUUUUAUGGCUCGAAAAAUGGCCGUGAACUAAGCGAGGCACCUGUGCGGAAGCUCAGCCAAUCGUUCAAGCUUGAAAAUGUUGCAGGCAGGAGUAUUACCUCAAAACAGAUUUUGCUGACAACAAUUGAGAACAUCGUUUCUUCCCAUGCUCGUUUACGAAGGUCGAAAGACGCCCAGUGGAAGGCAUUCGUUUCAGCUGCCAUGAAUGAAAAGAAACUUCCUGCUUGGCUUCGGUGGGUUAUUUCCUCGCUACUAGUUCCUUUCUUAAGUGUAUUCCAUGGACUCGUUCAUUGUAGAAUAAUAUUUCGUACACGCUAUGUUGUUGAGAUGUGUUACAACAGUUGGAGCUAUGUUUCUAGAACAGCAGUAGCCGAUAAAUGA